AUGGUCGAACUGGCAGAGGUCCUAGCCUCCAAUCGGCAGAUCGGAGCAAAGCUUCCUCCGAACCUUGUGGCUGUAUUUGCUGGUGCCACGAGCGGCAUUGGCUACUCUACGCUGUGCACGUUUGUGAAGUAUGCACAAACCCCCCGCAUUUAUCUGGUCGCUCGGUCGGAGCCCAAAGCCGAGGCUGUGAUUGACGAGCUGCAACGCAUCAACCCAGAUGGCGAGUACAUUUUCCUCCAAGGUGACCUGAGUAUCAUGCGCCAAGUGGACGAUGUAUGUCGUGAGCUGGUGGAGCGUGAGAAGGCCAUCAAUGUGCUCUUUGAGAGUCAGGGCUCGAUGGAUAUGUACACCAAGACCAAGGAAGGCCUGCGUGUCAUUACGGCUCUCUCCUACUUUAGCCGAAUCCGCUUCAUUCAGAACCUGCUUCCGCAGCUGCGGGCUGCGAAGCAUUUGCGUCGUGUCGUCGUGGUACUGGCAGGCUCGAAAGAAGGCAAGUUGGAGAUCAACGAUUUGCCAGGCAACAAGCUCUCGCCAUGGCACUACCGUCCUCACUGGAGCUCGAUGAUGACACUCACGCUGGAGAACUUUGCCGAGCUGGCGCCGGAGGUGAGCUUUGUACACAGUUUCCCUGGCUUUGUGUCUACGUCGCUGCACAAAUCCUUGCCUGCAGGGAUGGGCGCCUUUUCGCGUUUGUUUUCGUUCUCAGCAGGUCGCAAAGUGCCGUUGGAAGAGGUAGGUGAGCGGUACACCUUCUUGUGUACCACGGCACGGUACACGCACUUGACGCUGGAGGACGUGCCUUCGGCUCGUGGCAUUCCUUUGUCCCCCGCCCUACGACUGGCCGUCUCGACAACAGGUCGUGUCGGCGGUGGUGUGUACUCGUUGGACGCAAAUGGCGAGGGCCGUGAUCCCAACUCUGUCGCAAUGCUGACUGCGCUGCAUGAGCAGAACGUCGCGCCGGUUGUGUGGGACUUUGCGAUGGCCGAACUCGCACGCAUUGAGCUGAUUGAUCCGCCGCUGCCUGAGCCGCCGACAGCGGUACCGCAACCGCAGCCCAAGCGCGUGACCAAGGCGGCGCACGUCUUUGUACCUCAGCCUGCGCGCGAUGGUUCUGGUCUGUUCCCCCUGCCGGCCCCUGUCCAGCCUACACGUAUGCCUGAACCUGAACCUGAACCUGAACCGGAGCCUGAGCCUGAGCCUGAGCCUGAGCCUGAGCCGGAGCCCGAACCAGAGCCUGAAUCGGACAUGGAGUCCAAGCACGCGACCUCUCCUGGCGUACAGGCUGGUGCUGGUGCUGGCGCUACGGCUGCGGGGCUGGGCGGCUUGACCGCUUUGUCGUCGCGCGUCAAGGCUGGGACACAAAAAGGCGUAGCCAAGUUGCCGCCGUCCAUGCGCUCAUUCUUUGGCGGUCGUGCUACCAAGAAGGCCACGAAACCACAGGCAGCUACGGAUACCGCCACGACGCCCAUGAUGGCGUCGGACGAGGUGCUUCCGGAGACGCUGCCUGGCAGGAUAGAUGCGCCAUUGCCUAUUCUGCCGGACGAGCAGGGCAUGGCUGCAGCCCAUCCUGCGCCGACCUCCCAUGCCCUGCCUUCGCAGCCAUCGAUGGCGUCCAUGGCCUCGUCUCUCUCGUCGUCCAUGCCGAUGCAGCCAUCGCGUGGCAUGCGUACACAACCAUCGCAGCCUACGAUGCCGACGCAGCCGUCACAGACGAUGCCGACACAGCCAUCGCAGCCUACGAUGCCGACGCAGCCAUCACAGAUGAUGCCGACACAGCCAUCGCAAACUAUGCCGACGCAGCCGUCACGGACGAUGCCGACACAGCCUAUGCCUUCACAGGAGACCAGGCAGCCGUCCAUGCCCACACAGUCUGCUCCUCCUCGGGAAGCCAUGCCGAUGCAGUCCAUGCCUCCACGUGAGACUGCGAUGCCAGCGUCGCCAGCGUCGCCCCGCCCGAAAGCCACGUUCCUGCGUGAACAGGGCGGGCCGAGACCGGCGACAGUCGACGCUCGUGCGAUGCCGCAUGUUCCCCAGACUCCAUCGAAAGUGACGCCGGCCAUGCCGCAGCAGCCGCAACCUUCCCUGGCCACGAUGUCGUCUGAUGCGGAUAUGAGCCAGGAACUCGUCCGAACGCCGCCCACACGGCACGGCCCGCCUGCCUUGGAUGCUAUGCCGGUGCUUGGCGCGGAUGGAUUGGUCCAUGCCCACGGUUCAGCGGCGAGUCUCCCGCCGCCUGGCAAGCCAGUGAAGACGGUGCCACUUCCGAUCGAGCCGCCUCGCGCUGUAGAGCCCAGCCACACGACCACUGCGCCAGCGCCAGCGCCAGUGCCUGGCCCGACGCCCGUGUUUGUCCCGCGACCUGCUGCGAGUGAGACCGAUACGGCCGUGCCGACGGCGGCCGCGGCGACAACAACGUCCGCGCCCGCCCCGCGGCCUUCGCACGAUGUCGUGCCACCGCCGCCGAUGUUUGCCUUGUCAGAUGGCUCGGCAGACCACAUCGUGCAUCUCCCGUCGAACUAA